AUGGCUGCCGCUGUGAAGCCGAGCAAGAACCAGCAGAGGCGAGCGAAGAAGAAGGCUGAGAAGCAACAGAAAGGCAAGGUGCGAUCGCCUUCAGCAACAACUUUGUCCAGCACUGAUCGCGUCCAGGGAUUCGCCGCAGCGUCCGCCGAUGCCUCUGCCAAAGACGAGAUCCCUGCACCAGAUCCAGAGACGGCUCGACAUUCGCCUGCGAAAACAAAUGGUCAAAGAAUCAAGUCAGAAAAUGACGAACUCAAUGGCGCCCCUCUCGCGGAUCCUCUCGUUGCCGACGAGGAUAAUCCGCUAUACGACAUGUACAAGGAUAUCAUGGGCAGAUUCGAGGAAGCGGAUAAGGAAGAUCCUACCCUGAAACCACCAGAGAAACCGGAAGUGUACUACGACGAUGAUGACGAUAUCCCAGACGAGGACGAAGAGAAUUCAGCGCCCAAAAUCUCCAAGAAGAAGCGGAAAGAGAUGACCAAAUUAUCCGUCGCCGAGUUGAAGGCAAUUGUGAAGAGGCCGGAAAUGGUCGAGUGGACAGACACAUCUGCACCAGACCCGAGGCUCCUCGUCCAUAUGAAGUCAUACCGCAACGUUGUACCUGUGCCGACUCAUUGGUCGCUCAAAAGGGAAUACCUGUCGUCCAAGCGGGGUAUUGAGAAGCCGCCUUUUGCACUUCCGAAGUUCAUACAAGAGACUGGCAUUGCGGAAAUGCGCGAUGCUGUGUUGGAGAAGCAAGCCGAGGCCACCCUGAAGCAAAGGCAACGAGAGAGAGUCCAGGGCAAGACGGGCAAGCUUGAUAUUGAUUAUCAGAAACUCUACGAUGCGUUCUUCAAAUUCCAGACGAAGCCCGAAUUGACGAGAUACGGCGAGGUCUACUAUGAAGGUAAAGAGUUUGAAACUAAUCUACGGCACCUAAGACCCGGCGAGUUAUCGGAUGAGUUGAAGGAAGCUUUGAACAUGCCUCCAGGCGCGCCGCCUCCGUGGCUAAUCAACAUGCAGAGAUACGGACCACCACCCUCCUAUCCAGCUUUGAAAGUACCGGGUGUGAAUGCUCCUCCUCCGCCAGGUGCAAGUUGGGGUUUCGCACCAGGACAGUGGGGUAAGCCGCCGGUUGAAGAAGCGACCAAUAGACCGCUAUACGGUGGCGAUAUCUUCGGUGUGCUCCAGCAACAACAGAACGCACAGCAGGGAGAGCCGAUCGAAAAGGAACUUUGGGGUGAGCUGCAACAACAAGACGAGUCUGAAGAGGAAGACGAGGAAGAAGACGAGGAGGAGGACGAAGAAGAUGGUGGAACUGGCAUUGAAACCUCAGCUGGUCUGGAGACGCCUAGUGGCAUGACUUCGGCUGUGCCAACGGAGAUCGGCAGUACGGAGCCUGUGUCUGAAUUCGACCUGAGAAAGCGCCGCGGCACAGAGGCGGAAGAACCAUCACAUCCUAGAUCGGCAUACCAAGUUAUUCCGGAACGCCAAACACGCGUCGAGGGAUUCUUUGGUGGCGAUCGUGUCUACGACAUCAAGGCCGCCCAACAGCAAAAUGCAGGCAAUCUGCCGGUUCUAGGACAGGAAGAUUCCCGCAAACGCAAGAAGCCGGGCGAUGUGGACGUUUCGAUGGACCCAGACGCGCUAGCCGCGCGUGACGGUCUGGACAAGGAUGAUUUGAGACGCGCUUACGAUCAAAGUCGGAAGGCGGAGCAGAAUCCGAACUGGGAUUUCCAGGAAGAUUUGUCAGAUAUGAUCGCCAGCGAGGCUCGAAAGAGACAGAAGAGAGAUGAAGAGAGGAGGAGCAGGAGGUGA